GUUGAGAAUAAAUCCAUGCUGGCUGGCUCAUUGAAGGGGCACUCUAUGUCUCUCUCUCUUCGUGUAUUUUGGAUUUGUUACUCUCCAGCAUGUGUUUGUGUAUGGAGAAGAGUCACUUGAAGUGUUGUUAUGUUUAUUGCUGUUGUUGGGGCGUAUCAAGAAUAACAAUUUAUUUAAAUUAAAAUUUUAUUGAAUUAAUAUUUGUUGUCAUCUUGACUAUGCCGAAUGACUUGCUCGCACUGUCGUCUGUUGUUAUUUGUGUGUUGUGAAUGCGAGCGAGCAGCAAGUGUUGGUUGGUGAGAUGUGAUAAGUUUUGUUUUUUUUUUAUUUGGGUUGUUUUCGUGGGGGAUACGUUUAUUGUUUGUUAAAAAUACAUUUUUUCGAAUAUAUAAAAAAUAAAAUAAAAACAACAACAACAAAUAAAGCAUAAACCAUACGUUUUUUAGCUGAAGUGGCCAUUUUUUGGCUUAUGGCAGAAUUUUCUUUUUUCAUUUUUUUUUUCGGGAAAAAGAAAGAACAACAAAAACAAGUGUGAUUUUUUCGCUGCUUCAAAAACGUGUAUUAAAUAUUAUGUUAAUUUUGCAGAAAAAAAUAACGAAAAGAUAAGAAGAAAUAAUAUAGCAGUUUAUGCAGUCAUAAAAUAAAGUUUUGAUAAUUCACAAAAAAAGUAACAGAAAGUAAUAAACCAGCCCAAACAUGGAUUCAGAUUCGGACAACGAGCAUACGGUCUUGUGCGAAAAAAUCAUCAAUGACAUGCAUACGGUUUUCCUCAAGGACACAGAAUUAUCCUCAUUUGAAAUAAUACCAACCGUUUUGAAUCGCAACAAAUCGCCCGUCAUUCAUGUGGAACAUAAUCUCGGCUUGGAAUCAUGGUGUGCCAAACAUGUCUAUGAUCAUGCUCAUCGCAUGCUAAUGGGCUAUAAGAAACAAACAGUACAACGUUAUGUUCAACAAAGUGAACAGUUGUUAAAGUACCUGAAUGUGGCACUGCUCAUAAAUCCCGAUGUGACGGCCUUUUGGCACAUACGACGGCAGUUGGUGCAAAAGAAUCGCCUAAAAAUGAAUAGGGAAUUGAAAUUCUCCACAUUGGUGCUCAGCAAGAAACCCAAAUCGAAUGAGGCCUUUGCCUAUCGCCGAUGGUUGUACUCCUUUCAGAGUAAUGACGCCAUCGAUUGGCAUCAUGAAAUUGGCAUUUGUGAACGCUGUGCCGAUCGCAGUUCGAGCAACUAUCAUGCCUGGUCCCAUCGCCAAUGGGUGUUGCAUAAUGCCCCCAUGUUGAUACGGGCCGAAAUAAUGCGUUCCGAAAAAUUCAUGCGCAAACACAUUAGCGAUUAUAGCAGCUAUCAUUAUCGCCAGAUUCUGAUAACCUUUGCCUAUCAAAUGUCAUUCUAUGAAACGGAUCAACUGCAUCAGUUGCAUGAUCUGAAGCAACUUAUCAAUUACUAUCUAAUUGCCGAGGUACAGUGUCCGGCCCAGAUAUUGAACAUAAUGUUGCCCGGUGUAGAUCAGGCGGCCAUUGGAGAGGCCCGUCUCAAAUCGUUUUUGUAUUGUUGCAAUUUGGCUGCCCACGAUAUGCGUUUGUGUGAUGACCAGAAGAAUAUGUAUGGCGAAAGAGAAUCAUUUGAAUUGCAUCGGCGGGCAUCACUGAAAUUUAUUGUUGAACAAUGUGUCCGUUUACUGAGCGGAGAUCUAAUGGGUAUCUAUUCACCGCCCGCCACUCCGGUGCAGCAACAACAAUUCAAUACGCAUUUACGAAAAUUCGAUUAUAAUUCAUAUGAGUUCCUCAGGGCCUUGAAGAAGUCGGAAAGUCUGCUGGGUUCGAAACAUCGCAAAUGGUGUUCGUUGUUUUUGGGCUUUGACUUUGAGUCGGGAGCUGCUUAGAUAAAUGUUAAAAACCUAACUAUUUUUCUUUAAGAAACAGAAAGUUAAAAGCAGAGAUGAUACUGUUGAAGUGCUGGAAUGGAAAUCUCAAGAAUUUGUUCACAAUAGAAUAUUUGCUAUUUCGUUUUGGGAAACUUGGCAUUAAAGCAUUUGAGGAUUUAAAUCAAUAUCCUCAACAAAAAAGCUAAGACACAGGAAAUUUCUUAAAUGUAAAAAAUAAGUUUUCGAAAAACAAAUCUCACGAUCAUCCUAGAAAUCCUUUGAGUUUGGGAUCAAAUUGUGUUGGACAAUAUUGCAAAGAUCAGAAUAGGAAAUAUUUUUGUAAAAAAAUGAUCUGAACGGAGCGCCUUUUUAGAUUUUUUUUUUCAAAUAUGUAUAGGGUUUGAAAAAAAUUGAAAUUAGUUGACCUAUGAUAAUUUGUAAUCGCUUGAUUUGAGCUCUAGACUGUGUAAGGCAACAUUUCCAAGAACUCCCUAAGGAGCAUUUUUGUAGAACAUGUUAACCCUAUAGCUCCAUUCGAAAGGGGUCAUUUGAGACCCUUUAUGUUUUUUUGCACUUUUUGACGAAGUUAAAAUUUGUUAGUAUGAGAUUACCGGUGAUCCUUUGAUUUGAGGUCCAUAUAGGUUUUAGCAAAAUGUCUAAGAACACUUUAAGGAACAUUUUUGCUGAACAUGUUAACCCUCUAGCUCCUUUCUAAAUGGGUCUUUUUAGUCCUUUUGAAUUUUAUGCAGACUUUUGAACUAUUUUAUAAUGAAUCAGCCUUUAUAUCUUAUGAUACUUGGAUUUUAGGUUCUCAUAAUUUUCAAAAUUAUUGCAAUCUGACCUCUAACCAACAUUUUUGUAGAACAUGUUAACCCUCUAGCUCCAUUCGAAAGGGGUCACUUGAGACCCUUUACGUUUUUUUUGCACUUUUUGAAAUAAAUUAAAUUUUGUUAGUAUGGGAUAACUGGUGAUCCUUUGAUUUAAGAUCCAAAUAGUGUUUAGCAACAUUGCUAGGAACAUUCUAAGGAACAUUUUUGCUGAAUAUGUUAACCCUCUAGCUUUUUUCUAAAGGGGUAUUUUUAGUCCUUUUGAAUUUUAUGCGGACUUUUGAACUAUUUAAUAAUGAAUCAGCCUUUAUAUCUUAUGAUCCUUGUAUUAUAGGUUCUCAUAAUUUUCAAAAUUAUUGCAAUCUGCCCUCUAACCAACAUUUUUGUAGAUCAUGUUAACCCUCAAGCUCCAUUCGAAAGGGAUCUCUUGAGACCCUUUAUAUUUUUUGCACUUUUUGACGAAUUUAAAAUUUGUUAGUAUGGGAUUGCCGGUGAUCCUUAAAUUUGAGGUGCAAAUAGUGUUUAGCAACAUUGCUAGGAACACCCUAAGGAACAUUUUUGCUAAACAUGUUAACCCUCUAGCUCCGUUCUAAAUGGGUCUUUUUAGACCAUUUGAAUUUUAUGCAACUUUUGAACUAUUUUGCAAUGAAUCAGCCUUUAUAUCUUAUGAUCCUUGAAUUUUAAAUUCUGAUAAUAUUUAGAAUUAUUGCUAUCAGCCCUCUUGCGACCAUUUUUGUUGAAUAUGUUAACCCUCUAGCUCCACACGAAAGGAGUCAUUUGAUAUUCUUUGUAAUAUUUACACAUUUCAAAAAAUUGUAGAAUCAGUUGGCAUAGGGUAUCUCUUGAUCCUUCGUUUUAAGGUUCAAAUAGUGUUUAGCAACAUUGCUAGGAACACCCUAAGGAACAUUUUUGCUGAACAUGUUAACCCUCUAGCUCCGUUCUAAAUGGGUCUUUUUAGUCCUUUUGAAUUUUAUGCAAACUUUUGAACUAUUUUACAAUGAAUCAGCCUUUAUAUCUUAUGAUCCUUGGAUUUUAGGUCGAGAUAAUAUUCGAAAAUAUUGCAAUCUGCCCUCUAACUAACAUUUUUGUAGAACAUAUUCACCUUCUAGCUCUUUUCUGAAGGGGUCAUUUGAAAGUCAUUGUAAUAUUAACACAUUUCAAAAAAUGUUACAAUAAGUUAGCAUGGGGUAUCUCACGAGCCUUCGAUUUUAGGUCCAGAUAGUGUUUAGCAACAUUGCUAAGAAUACUCUAAGGAAAAUUUUUGUAGAACAAGUUAACCCUCUAGCUCCGUUCUAAAUGGGUCUUUUUAGUCCUUUUAAAUUGUUUACAUUUUUUGUACUAAUUUACACCAAUUUAGCCAUGAUAUCUUGGAAUCUGUUGAGUUUAGGUCCAGACAGUGUUCGACAUUAUCGAUAACAGCCCUCUUACGAACAUUCUUGUUCAAUAUGUUAACCCUCCAGCUCCAUUCGAUUAAUUUGAGAGCCUUUGUAAUAUUAACACAUUUUAGAAAAUUUUACAAUGAGUUGGCAUGGGGUAUCUUACGAUCCUUCAAUUUAAGGUCCAGAUAGUGUUUGGCAACAAUGCUAACAAUACUCUAAGGUACAAUUUUGUAGAACAUGUUAACCCUCUGGCUCCGUUCUAAAUGGGUCUUUUUAGUCCUUUUAAAUUGUUUACAUUUUUUGAACUUAUUUACACCAAUUUUGCCAUGAUAUAUUGGGAUCUCUUGUGUUUAGAUCCAGACCGUGUUCGACUUUAUUUAUAACAGCCCUCUUACGAACCUUUUGGUAGAACAUCUUGAACCUCUAGCUCUUUUCUGAAGGGGUCACUUUAGACAAUUUCAAUUAUCUUUUUUUUUUUUUUUUUUUUUUUGAAUUUUUUUACAAUGGUUAACCAUAGGACACCUUGCGAUUCUCUGAUUUUGGUUAAAGAUGGUGUUUGGAAACAUUGCUAAGAACGCUCUAAGGAACAUUUUUGUAGAACAUGUUAACCCUCUGGCGCCUUUCCAAAGGGGUCAUUUGUAAUAUUUAUAGUUUUUAAACAAUGUUACAAUUAUUUUUCGAGGUUAACUUUUGAUCCGUAUGGUUUCUUAUGAUACUUUUAUUUGAGGUCCACAUGGUGUAUAGCAACAUUGUUAGGAACACUCUGGGGUACGUUUUGGUGGAACAUGUUGACCCUUCAGCGCCUUUCUAAAGGGGUCAUUUUAGGCCAUUUGUAGAAGGUGUAUCUUUAAACAAUAUUACACUUAUUUUGCCAGGAUGACUUUUGAUCCUUCUGGUAUCUUAUGAUAAUUUUAUUUGAGGUCCACAUGGUGUAUAGCAACAUUGUAAGGAACAAUCUGAGGAACAUUUUUGUAGAACAUGUUAACCCUCCAGCGCAUUUCUAAAGGGGUCAUUUUAGGCCAUUUGUAAUAUUUGCAGUUUUUGAAGAAUAUUAAAAAAAAAUUUUGUCAGGGUAACUUUUGAUCCUUAUGGUAUCUUAUAAUACGUUUAUUUGAGGUCCAGAUAGUGUAUAGCAACAUUGCUGGGAACACUCUGAGGAACAUUUUUGUAGAACAUGUUAACUCUCCAGCGCCUACCUAAAGGGGUCAUUUUAGGCCAUUUGCAAAAAGUGCAUAUUUAAACAAUAUUACACAUAUUUUUGUAGGAUGACUUUUGAUCCUUCUGGUAUCUUAUGAUACUUUUAUUUGAGGUCGAGAUGGUGUUAGGCGACAUUGUUAGGAACAUUUUGAGGAUCAUUUUUGCUGAACAUGUUAAUCCUCCAGCGCCUUUCUAAAGGGUUCAUCUGAGCCCGUUUUAAAUUUAAAUUUAAGACAUUUUGAACAAUUUUACAAUAAUUCGCUCUAGAAUAUCUUGGGAAUUCUACGAUCUUUGCUCCAGUAUAAGUUCGCCAAUAUUGUUCACAACACUCUAAAGAAUAUUCUUGAUUGGAUUGUUUCCCCCAGACAAUUUUUCGGUUCUUUUUAUUAAAAUUCCCCAUAUUUUUUAUGAGAUUUCCAGUGUCUUAUUUUUCGAAUAACAAAUUAUACAUGAAAGAUGGAAUGAAAUAAACUAAGCCAAAUUUCUCAAAACGGAUUUGCCUUAUAAGAAUCGUUUGACUUUUGCCUUCAAAGAAUAUUGAAUGUCUUCCUAGCACAAUGAAAUCAAACAAAACUAAAACAAAUACCAGUGUUCAACUAUAUUGUCUGUCAUACUCCCACUUUCUAGGUAAAAAACAUAUACUCCUCAGCAGUGAUUGUCGUUUUCAUACUUUUUCCUGAAUCUACAAAUUUUUAAAAAUUUAUUUUUUUUAUAUUGAAAUAUAUAUAUUUUUUUGAAAAGGGAAUUAAAAUUAAAAACGUUUUGUAAACAAUGCAAUUUGUAAAAAAUUCAAAGAUUCUCCACAAAUCCUCCUUACUCUAGCCCUUUCUGGUACCUUUUUAAAAUAACUCCUUGUCUUUUUCCAUGAAAUCUAAAACGACAAUCCUGCUUCCAUAUUCAAAAGAGAUUUUUGCUUUGUAACUUUUCUUAUAAUUUUGUCUUUAUAAAAUUUAGCGUAAUUUUAUUUCGUUUCGCUUAAAUUUUUCCAUUUCUCUGAAGCUUGUUUUUGUUAUACAAGAAUCUAAAUGUUAAGAUAUGUUUUCAUUCGUCAUGAAUCUUGUUUCUGUAUCUCUAAAUGUAUUCUAUUUGGAAUUAUAAAUGUUAAGAAAAAAAAAAUAAAUAAAAUGUUAAAAAUAAAAU